AACAUGUACGAUAAGUCCGGGAUUUUUACAGAUUAGGUUCUCUGACUCCUCUCUCUCUCUCUCUUUCUCUCUCUCACACACACACACACUCACUCUCCCUCCCUCGUGUAUUACACUCAGCAUUGCGGCUAGGGUUUCGCCAAAUAUCUUUUUCACAAGUUAUCUUAGUGUUUCUGUCUGUUCUUUACAACUGAUUUAUGAUAAUGGAUAUACAGAUGAAUUAAGUUUUUUCGAGGGAUUUUAGACUUAUAAAAAACUUUAGGGUUUUUUGUAAUUGUUGCUUGAAAAUGGCGGAUUUGAACCCAUUUGAUUUGCUGGGUGAUGAUGACAACGAUGACCCGUCUAAGCUGAUUGCUAUUCAGCAGCAAAAACUUGAUACCGCUAAGAAACCCUCUGCUCCGGCGGCGGCGUCUAAGAAACAGCUGGCUAAGCUCCCCACUAAGCCUCCUCCCCCGGCCCAGGCUGUCAGGGAGGCAAAAACAGAGGUUGGACGUGGAGGAGGUAGAGGUGGUGGACGUGGUUACAGCCGUGGUCGUGGUGGAGGUGGGUUUAAUAGGGAAGCAUCCAACAACGAGAAUUUUUCUCGAAACAGAGAAUUUUCUGGUGGUAUAGCUGCACCUGAAGAUGUGGAAGGAGGAAGACCCUAUGAAAGGCGUGGCGGUUAUGGUGGACCCCAUGGUGGUCGACGAGGCGGUUUUAGUAAUGGAGAAUUUCCUGAGGGAGACCGACCUCGUAGGAUAUUUGAGCGCCGCAGUGGUACCAGCGGCGGAGGUGAGAUAAAGCGUGAAGGAGUUGGCCGAGGAAAUUGGGGAACUCAAGCAGAUGAAGUUACUCAGAUGACUGAUGAAGUUGCUAAUGAAGGCGAGAAAAAUCUGAAUGUGGAGAAACCCUCCGCAGAGGGAGAAGCAGGAGACAACAAGAAGGAACAUCCAGCUGCUGAAGCUGAGGACAAGGAGCCUGAAAAUAAGGAGAUGACCCUUGAAGAGUACGAGAAGUUGCUAGAAGAAAAGCGGCAGGCUUUGCAGGCACUUAAAACUGAGGAAAGGAAGGUCGACACCAAAGAAUUUGAAUCCAUGCAACAGCUUUCAAAGAAAUCCAGUGAUGAUAUCUUCAUCAAAUUGGGCCCCAAGGAUAAGAGAAGAGAGUCUGCUGAGAAGGAAGAGAAGGCAAAGAAGGCAGUCAGCAUUAAUGAGUUUCUGAAGCCUGCUGAGGGUGAGAGGUAUUAUGCACCUGGUGGUCGAGGCCGAGGAGGUCGUGGCCGUGGUUCUAGAGGUUAUGGUGGAGGUUACGGUGGAGCCAACACUACGAGCAAUGUGGAAGCCCCUCCUAUUGAAGAUCCGGGUCACUUCCCUACAUUGGGUGGCAAGUGAUGCUUUAAUAGUGCUUUGUCCCACGUCCAAGAGGCAAAUUGACAGAAAAAUAAUGGAGUGAAAGGGUCAAUGUUUCUGAUGGCCUUCAAUGUAAAUUUCCUUCCCUCAUGCCAUACCCUCUGUAGUUUUUUUCUUCAUGUGAUGUGUUACUUUUCUGAUAUACUGGGGUAUAUGAAGCACAUUAAUUUAUGCACGAGCUUUUUCUCCGCA